GGCAGAAGAGGUUUGAAUAGGGAAGUUUUGCAGGGGUUACGUUUGCAGUCAGUUCAGUGUUUGCAAAUAUUGUGUAGGCUCCUGAGCAAGUCUCUGUGAUCCAGGAGAAUCAGAAUCUGAGGCUUCUAAUUGCUGUGCAAUUGAGUUUGCAUGAAACUUUCACCUCUUCUGCAGGAAUUGACUCUUGUGAUUUCGGGAGAGAGUUUUAAAUCUCUCUGACUACAGACCACACACCUCCCUAUUUUUUACAACAGAAUUGACUUUAUUUUCCAACCAGACAUGGAUGUUCUCCCAAUGUGCAGCAUCUUCCAGGAACUCCAGAUUGUGCAUGACACUGGUUACUUCUCAGCUUUACCAUCCCUGGAAGAAUAUUGGCAACAGACCUGCUUAGAGUUGGAACGGUACCUCCAGAGUGAACCCUGCUGUGUGUCAGCAUCGGAUAUUAAAUUUGAAAGCCAAGAAGAUCUGUGGACCAAAAUUAUUCUGGCUCGAGAGAAAAAGGAAGAAUCAGAACUGAAAAUUUCUUCUAGUCCUAAAGAGGACAGUCCAAUCAGUCAGAGUUUCAGCCAGAGCCUAGAGACCAACAGCUUAAAUUCAGAUGUGAGCAGUGAAUCAUCUGACAGCACUGAGGAACUUUCACCUACUACUAAAUUUACCUCUGAUCCAAUAAGUGAAGUCUUAGCCAAUUCAGGAAAUUUGAGUUCUUCUGUCACUUCCACUCCUCCUUCUUCCCCGGAACUGGGCAGAGAACCUUCCUCUCAACUGUGGAAUUGUAUGCCUGGUGAAUUGCAUUCACCAGGUAAAAUUCGUACUGGGACUGUGGGCAAGACUGGUGAGAAGGUCAGUGGUGAUGCCUCCCCAGAUGGCCGGAGACGAGUCCACCGGUGCCAUUUCAAUGGCUGUCGGAAAGUCUACACCAAAAGCUCGCAUCUCAAAGCACAUCAGCGCACUCAUACAGGAGAAAAGCCUUACAGAUGCUCAUGGGAAGGGUGUGAAUGGCGUUUUGCAAGAAGCGAUGAGUUAACAAGACAUUUCAGAAAGCACACGGGUGCCAAGCCUUUUAAAUGUACUCACUGUGACAGGUGUUUUUCCAGGUCUGAUCACCUGGCCCUUCACAUGAAGAGGCACCUCUGAAUGAGUCAAGAGGUGAAUCCUGUGGGCUAAGCGGCUGCAAGGUUGAGACAGCCUUGUGAGGAGGGAUGCGUGUCCCAGCCAAAAAGCAUGCCAUUUUGCACCCUACCCAGUUGCCUCCAGGACCUCUAACUUGAAGGUCUUUUGAGGGCUAAUAAAGUCAUGUAAGAAGUG